AUCGUUCGGGAGUUCGGCACCGCCGGCACCGCGACGAUGCUCCCUGAGGAGCGCAAGGAGGGCUCGCCCCGCUUCGGGAAGCUCCAUUUCCCCGUGGGGCUCUGGAUCAACUCCCCCAAAAAGCGCCUGGCCAAGAUGAGCCGGCGCUGGCCCAGCGCUGGCUCCGUCCGCUCCACCUCCUCGGACACCCCCAGCCGCGCCAGCGACCCCUCGGACCCCCGCCCCAUUUCCAGCUCGGCCGCGCCCCCUCCCAAAGCGAAGCCCCCCCGGCACAAGCGCCUGUCGCACCUGUUCCACCGCGCCACCAGCGCCACCAGCGCCACCAGCGCCACCAGCGCCAGCCACCCGCACUCGCGCUGGGCCAGCGAGAAGAAGCUCAGCGACCUCCGCGACCCCCCCUCGGCCCUUUUGGGGUCUGGGGUCUCGCCGAGCCCCCCGUGCAUCCUCAAGAUCUUCGGCGGCGCCAUCUCCAGGGGCGCCAACUACAAGAGCGUGCUGGCCACGCCGCGCUGCAGCGCCCGCGCGCUCGUCCGCGAGGCGCUCGAGCGAUACGGGUUAAACCCCGAGGAUUUCGGGCAGUUCGCGCUCUGCGAUGUUGUGGGCAGGCCGGGCGGGCCGGGGGGCGCCUGGCAGGGCGAGCACCUGCGCGAGGUGGGCGACGCGGAGCGGCCGCUGCUGCUGCAGGAGCUCUGGAAGCCCAAGGCCGGCUGGUCCCGGAGGUUCGAGAUCCGCCGCAGGCAGGACUUGGACCGGGACCGGGACCGCGACCUGGACCGGGACAGCAACGGCGACGGCGGCGAGGGCGGCGACGGGACCGGGCUGCCGCCCCCCUCCCGCCGCCUGCACCGCAACCGCUCCCGCGCGGCCUCGGGGGGUCCCGCGCCCCCCGCCCGCGACCCCCGGGGCGGGGACCCGGCCGCCCCCGGCCCGGCCAUGCGCCGCAGCAUCAGCGACAUGAACCUGAGCACGCGGCGGCGCCAGCGCAAGGCCCUGAGCGUGGCCGGGGGCGGGGACAGCGCGGGCCCCGCCCCCGCGGGAGCCCCGCCCACCCCCGGGAGCCCCGCCCCGAACGAUGGGGACGGGGAUGGGGACGGGGGUCCCAGCCUGGAGCUGCUGGCGCAGUGCCUGAUCCAGCCCCCCCGGGACCGCCCCUAUUUCCUGCUGCUCAGGGGGUACGGCAAGGAGGAGAAAAUCAAAGAAAUCGGGGACCGGCAGCCGGAGAGCCCCCCGGACGGGGACCCCCCCCCAGUUCUGGACCUUUCCGGGGUCACCUCGGACCUGCGCCCCCUGCUGGGCUGGCUGGCGAACAGCGUGGAGCUGCUCAACCUGGCGCAGGCGCACCUGGGGGCGCUGGAGGCGCAGCUGGACAUUGAGGGGCCGUGCCCGGAGCUGGAGAAGGACCUGGAGAGCUGUGACGAGGCCCUGGGGGUGCUGGACGAGGUGAUCAUGUCCACGUUCCAGCAGAGCGUCUACUACCUGACCAAGACUCUUUACUCGGCCCUCCCCGCCCUGCUGGACACGAACCCGUUCGUGGGCGCGGGCGAGCCGAGGGCGGGGCCGGACCUGGGCGGUGUCCCCGCGGGGCUCCGCCCACCGCUGGCCGUGUUCCGGGCCGUGCUGGGCCUGACCCGGGACUGCCGCCUGCACCCGGACCUGGCCUCGCAGACCUUCGGGUACCUGUUCUUCUUCAGCAACGCCUCCCUCUUCAACACCCUCAUGGAGAAAGGCAGCGCGGGGCCGUUCUUCCAGUGGUGGGUCGGGGUCCGGCUGCGAACCAACCUGGACCUGGUGCUGGACGGGCUGGGGGCACUGGGGCUGGGGGACAUCGCCGGGGACUUCUUCAGGAAACUGUCGGCGACAGCCAACCUGCUCUGCACACCUAGGGGCUGCCUGGAACAGGCCACCUGGGCGCGGCUCCGGGCCGAGUUCCCGGCGCUCUCACCUGCGCAGCUGCACCACGUCCUGAGGCACUACCGGCUGGGGCGGGGCCGGGCGGCCCCACCCGCGUGGAGCCCCACCCCUGAGGAGAGCACGGCUGCUACUACAGGCGACAUCUUCGAGAGCUUCUCGGACCACCCCCCGCUCCUGCUGCCCACCCGGGGGUUCCGCCUGCGCCCGGGGGUCCCGCUGGGCCCGGGGGGGCUCCUGAGACCCCUCCUCAAAAUCCGCCGCCGGCUCUGGGAGCUCGAGGGGGGCGAUGACCCCUGAGACCCCCCAAAAAUCCCCCCAAAAUAUCCCCAAAAAAUAACACAAAAUAACCUGAAAUAUCCCAAAAUAACCCAAACCCUCCUGCGCCCCCUCCUCAAAAUCCGCCGGCGGCUGUGGGAGCUCGAGGGGGGCGAUGACCCCUGAGACCCCUCCCCAAAUAACUCAAAAUAGUCAAAAUCCCCUCAACCCCCCCCAAAAUAACCCAAAUCCCCCCAAAC